AUGGGCUUGUUACGAUUCAACCUUAACUGUUUCAUAUAUGAAUACGUAUUGAAUCGUGAGUACACCUGGACAGUGAAGAACAAAAACACGAAAGGCUUUGAACGGGACAAUUUCUUCGUCUAUUACAAGAAUGGUUGCUUUCACUAUAACGAGCUUGAAACAAAAGUGCGACUCGUUCGGCGGCGGCGUCCAGUUCAUGAGAAGCCCAAUACACGUUUGCAUGUUACCUAUACGGAUCCAUCGGAAGCAGAAAUACAGCAAAUGACAACUAGGAUCAACUCGUUGCUGAAGGAUUACGAUUCGGAUGAUGAAAUUGAUAAACCAUCGGAGAAGUCCGAUAGUGAUGGCGAAGAAUCCAAUAAGAAGUCAGCUUCUGGUGGUUCAGACGACUCAAAUAAUGAAAGCGUUGCGGAUGGUAGUUCGGACAACGACAAGGCUGAUGAGAGCGAUGAUGAAGACACUGAAAAUGGACAUAAAAAAGGUGAUGGCGAGAAAGAAAGUACGGAUGAAAGUGAUUAA